UCUGUUCUUGACAACUCUGCAACAUGUCAACCCGAUAGUCGACCGUUGCGCGAUGUUUCCCUCUCUUCGCGAGCUCAAUCCGCCCGUUAGCAAUCACGAAGGACCCUAUCUCAAAGCCAGACGCUUUCGCAACGUCAAACCGCCUUCGCGUCGCUCUCCGCUCUUCGACGGCCAACCGAGAAGCAACAACGGCAUACACCGUCAUCAUGCGUCGCGCUCUGCCUCAAACAAAGAGCGAAUGCUGCCUAAACGGGCGCUCGCGAGUGCUGCUAGUGACAGUGACUUGUCGAGGUGUGGCGGAGGCAGCGAGGACGGGUCGUACGAGGAGGUCGUGCCGCUGAGCAGCAACAAAUUUAGUCCUACGACGUUUUUCAAGAAAAUCGACUCGAACGUGAAGAAUAGUGAAGCUGAUGCGCUGAAGAGAAGAAAAAGGAGCAUACCAAUACACAACACGAGAACAGUGUGGAAUGCUGACGUUUUGGUUGGUAGUGAUGCCAAGGAGAUGCUUUCACCGAGCACUCAGCAGCAGCGGCUUGCUGUACAGCUGAAGCGUGUAGAAGAUGCCAAGGAGAAGAUUAUCAAGAGAGAUCUGCAGAGUCUUAGGCAGUCGAAGAAUAUUACCCUGAAUGGUGGAGAGGCGACUUUGGUCAUUAGAGAUCACAAGAAGAUGCCACCUGUUGGUUUUAUAAAAGUUUCUCCUGACAAAAUGACGCAAACCGGUAGAGACUUGUAUUUAGGAAAGAGCUUUGAAAAGUCUACUCACGACGUCACUCCACUUGUGAACUCAUCUGAAACAACAUCAAAACCGGUUGAAAAUGGAGACGACAAAGUCGACGAAGUGAAACAGACUCAAGAUGAAACGAUCAAGGUGCCUACAGCCGCGGUUGAUAAUCCAGACGAUGACAACGAUCGAGAUGAAUCAAGCACGAGGAUGCCGAAGCAGGCAAAGAAGAAGGAAAAUCUAAAGAAACGAACGACUGUCGCCGUUCGAGAGAAACGAGCGAAGGCAAGAGAAAGACGGAGAAAUCAUAUUCAGGAAGCAGAGCCAACAGGAGAGGCAUCCAACAGUGAAAAACAACAGCCCAAGUCACAACCGGUCGUGUCGUCUUCGGAGAGUGAUGCGGAUGUAAGAAAUCGAAACAGGGAAGGGAGCGUCAAGUCUGGAGACAAGAAAACUAUCGCUGCCGCACAGUUGGCUAGACAGCCACCACGACUUAGAAAGUUACUGAAGAAGAAGAUGGAGGCAGCUCAGCAGCAGGGUGACACCCAGAAUGCCGAUCCGCCCAAACCGGUCAGAGUAACCGUCCGGGAAGUUUCGGACUUGAUUGCGUUUGUGGAUCUCGAGACAAAGACUCACGUCAAGAAGUUUUUCUCUGAUUCGAAUGUCAAUCCGGACAGUAAUGUUGACUUUGCGACAUUGUCGCAGCUCUUGCCUUCCACAUUGAACGAAGACAUGUUAAAGUAUCUCAGAACGCUAUAUGACUACUUUCGGUUGUUGACAACGUGUAGUAUCAAGGAGUCUUCUGUUUUGGCAGCUGUUGCUAAGCGUCUUGGGUCUAAGAAAUCUUUACUGGGGAAAGUGAGGCUAAAGCGACCGGUUGACGAGGUCUCGCCAUUGGAUGUAAAGGAAUUUAUGGUGAAAUUUUCAUCUUACGAGCUGUGUGGACAAGUGACAUCAUCGAAACUUUUGGAACUUCUUACGUCAAGUGCACCUUCUCCUGCCAGAGUCAUUCUCUUAGAAGACAAUAUGGAAACAUAUUUAUGCAAAGAUAAUCCUCGAUUGUUACACAAACUCGACUUCUUUGCUUACCUUCCAUACCUACUAUCUUUGUAAUAUAAUUGGUCAGAGCAUGGACUUGGUGUUUACGAUCUCGUUAUUUUCUUAUUGACCAGUAAGUAGACCAGUAGUCACUAAAACAAUGACGCAGUCAUGUACUGCUAUUGUAGAGUUGAUUAUUUCGAUCAUGUACUUGUGUAUAGUUGGAAUUAUUGAUACAGUGUAUUAGUAAAUUCAGUACUGUACAAUAGAGAUGGUACUCCACAGUUUGCUUGACAGAACGCGAUCAAUCAGUUUA